GUAGCCCGUGAGCGGUAAUUCUUCUGCCGCCUUUUAGGCUUUUACUUCUGGUUCUGGGAAUGGCUAACUAUUCAAACCCGGUGGGGAUGAGCGGUGGCAGUGAAGAAACCUCUGCCUUGGAUACGAGGCCAGGUGGUAUGGUCGAUCAAAAGAGAGACGACGGCGACAGUGGGUCCACUCACACCACUCUUACCCUUAAGCUCUCGUAUGGCGCUCAGCAACUAGACCUUACAGUGCCAUCUGAUUCCACUUUUGGUCACGUAAAAGAUAAUAUUUCCCAAGUAAUUGGUUUGGAGCCUAAAGUCCAAAAACUUUUGUUCAGAGGUAAAGAAAAAGAAGAUCAAGAUUAUUUGUUUUUGGCCGGCGUGAAGGACAAUUCUAAAUUGGUUCUUAUGGAGGAUACAACAAGUUAUGAAAAAAAGUCUGAAAAGGCCAAGGUAAGAAGUGAAAUAUCAAGGGUAGGUGAUGAUGAUGAUAAUGUACCCGAAGAGGUCAAGGGAAAUAGUGAAAUAUCAAGAGGAGGUGAAGCAGUUACUGCAGUCAGAGUAGAAGUUGAUAAGCUUUUGGAUCAGGUGGAUGCUUUACAAGUGGUUGUUCAUGGUGGGACCAGGGUUGAUGAGAAGGAUAUUGUUUUUUUAACUGAGAUGCUGAUGAGGCAGUUAUUGAAAUUAGAUAGUAUAGAGGCUGAAGGGGAAGGGAAGUUGCAAAGAAAGGAGGAGGUGAGGAGGGUCCAGAGCCUAGUAGACAAAAUGGAUGUUCUGAAAGCAAAGAAUUUGAAUCCUUUUCAUGACAACUCGAAUAAUCCACCCGUCGGUGACAAUUCUAAAGCCGUAUCUGUUAAAACAGAAUGGGAGACUGUUGAUUCAGUCGUCGGCAGCCUCCAUUCUCCUCCACCUCCAACUUUUUCACCACCAUCCUCAUUGGGAGGAGUUUGAGUAGUCAUUCAUUAGUUAUCACCCAUUAAUGACUCCAUUUUUUGCCGCGGUCGAACUUAACUUGUGGAGUACACAAUAUUGAUAUGCAAGCAUCGAUAUAAAUUUAUGUAUGUAUGUAUGGAUGGAUGUUUGUAUGUUUGUGUUAGUUCAAACUUCAAAAGUGGAAGCUCGUUGGCGACUAGGAAAGCUAUAACUGAACACUAAAGUAGGAAUCAAAGUAUAUAAAAAUGGGAAAGUGCUAAGAGCUUGUAUGCAAGAAAUAGCUUGUGUUAUCAUUGAACCUCGGUGGCCUUCUAUGGGCAUUAUAAAUUGUAAUCACUAUGAAUUAUAGUGGCUCAUUAACUACGACAUUAAC